AUGCCACGGAAUGCCCUCUCCCCAGAUGGCCCCGUCACCAUACCAGGUCCAGCCGCAGAACGGCCCUUGAAAUCGUCAACGACACCGACAACUUCAGCCUCAGCUUCGUCCACAUCAAAAUGGAACACAGACAAGCUAGGCAUGCGCCUCGGCGUAGACGUCGCCAGCGCAAUGACAGCAGGAGCACUAACCUGCCCCGUCAUCACAGUCAUCGACCGAGCCAUCAUCGAAAAAGCCGCCAAGGGCCUCCCCAUCCGCAGCACCCUCGCAUCCUGCUUCCGCUCGAUGCUCACCCACCCCGCGGCCUUCUUCACAAGCACCCCGUUUCUACUCAUCUAUACCCUCUACACCUCGACGUACCUCACCGCCAACGCUAUCGAUACCCUGACCUCCACGCUCCGCGAUAAGCCCUUUGAGACUGUCUUCCCCGGCACGGCCAAGUUCCUGACUACCACGGCUGUGAAUAUGGGGAUAUGCGUGUACAAGGAUGCGCGGUUUGCGAGGAUUUUCGGUGCUGGCAAUAGCGCCCCGUCUACGUCUACGUCUACGACAACCGGGGGAGGAGGAGGAGGAGGAGGAGGCCAAGCGACAUGCCACCCAUCUAGCAGCUCAGCCCUAAAGGUCCCAAAGGUCAGCUACGGACUCUUCUGCCUCCGCGACAGCAUCACCAUCUUCGCGUCGUUUAAUGUCCCCGCGCUGCUUGCGCCGAGCAUCCCGGACUACCUUGCCGCAACGCCCGGCACGAAAUCUGCGCUGGCGCAGUUUACGUGUCCGGCGCUGAUGCAGUUUGUGAGCACGCCGAUGCAUCUGCUUGGUUUGGAUCUGUAUAAUCGGCAGCCUGUUGGUGGGCUGGGGUGGAGGGAGAGGGUGGGCCGGAUCAGGAGGGAUUAUGUGGCGAGUUGUUUUGCGCGGAUGGGCAAGAUUGUUCCUGCUUAUGGGGUUGGUGGGGUGGUCAAUGUUAGGAUGAGGGAUGGGUUGAUGCGGAGCUUGUCUUCUUCCUCUUGA